GACUGCAGGAAAAGUAUCACGGGCAAAGUUUUAUUUAUCGUUAGUUAACAUUCCAUAACUGGGACAUUUUUUUCAAUUAUAAAGUUGCUGAGGAUGUCCUCGUUGUUUGUCAAUGUGCUUCGACAAGCAUUCAAAACAUUCGAUCAAGCUAAUCAUGCUACUUUCAAUGUUAAUUUUGCGUUGCUAAAGGAACUAACUGAACAGCUCACAUUUCGUGAUAUCCAUAUCCAGCCUCAACAAUUUGAAGCGGUAUUCAAAAGACCCAGACGAGCGCCAUGCACUUAUGUGCAUAUUUUCGAGAACGAUAUGGUGUCCAUGAGCGUAUUUGUUAUGCGGGAAGGGUAUACGAUGCCUCUUCACGAUCAUCCAUGUAUGCAUGGUCUUCUACGCGGAAUCUUCGGAAAGCUAAAACUUCAGUGCUAUACCAAACAGCCGUUAAGCCCUAAUGAACCUCUAUAUGAUCGAAGUGCAAGAGAGGUUUAUGUUCAUCCAAACGAACCAAAGAUCGUAGAUCCAAGUACAGAAUCUGCUGUUCUAACGCCUAACGACAGUAAUUAUCAUGAAUUAACAGCAGUUGGCGGUAUGGCUGCGUUCUUCGAUAUACUAAGUCCUCCGUACGAAGCUGAUAUACCACAAUAUGGAAGUCGACGUUGUCGUUUCUACCGUGUAGCAGGUACUCCAAGAUUGACCACCGUCGUAAAAGAUGGUGGAUUACUUGGAAAGAAGACAGAGCAAAUACCUUUAAUAUGCCUGGAACGUAUUCCAACCCCCCUAAGUUAUUAUUGUGAUACAGCCGAUCCAUCGGAAGAGGUAAUUCAAUGCACUUACCUAUGCUCAGUCGAGGCAUAUAGUUCAACAUAAGGAAAGACCGAAAGAUAACGCCAAAUUUUUAUUUAACGUAGAAGUAAAUAUAUUUAAGUAGUUGAUGUUGUGAUUAUGUUUUAUAUUUUCGUAUGGAAUUACAUAUUUUUGUUUUAAUAGGAUCUAAAAUCCUGUCUAUGUCAUCAGGCUUAUCAAGUGUGUAACUAUUAAAGUGCUGACAGAUGACGUAAUGAAUGGUUUUAAAUUUUAGAAUAAGUAUGAAAAUUAAUAAAGCAUGACGAUUUGAUUCAAAAACCUAA